GGGAGUCACUCGCGAGAGCUACGCGCGCGCGCUACGCUUCGUAGCCCGUAGCCUGUGCCCGAGCACACUACGUAGUGUCUCCACCUGUGAGUGAACGUUAAUGAACUCUUGCCUACGAGCCUUAGUGAAGCGGUGUUUGUGCCACUUUGGGAACGAAAAAGUGCUAACGUUGUGCCGGCGUUCAAGGUUGGAAGUUAAAACUUCAUUAAACUCUGUCUGGCGACCUAAUUAAUACAAAAAAAUAUAAGUAAAAGAAGAACUACCCAUCGAGAUUUUAUCUCUAGAUAGCCCCAGCUCAAGGGCAUAAAAGGGUCGAGUGUCAAGUCGAAUAGAUCAACAUCACAUGUGAAGGUUGACGUCAGUUGUCAACUGCCACCAUGCGGGAGGCAGGAUAGCAUGACCACGCUUGCCACGGCGGCCUGAUGGCGCUGGUGCGCCGGAUACUAGGCGACGCCCAGGCGAAACUCCGCAAGAUGGUCGACGAGCAAGUGUCAGUGGGCACACGAGUAGAGGCCGACGCCGAGCCUGAGCCAGCGGACCCGCUCAUAACCCCCGCGUGCUCCGCGCUCAGCCGCGACGACCCCCGCCCCGUGCCCCCCGAGCGCCGCCUCCUCAUCAGCACCCUCGACAAACCCCGCAACGGUUCCCUGAAUGGGGACAAAGAGGGCACGCUGAAUAGAUCCACGAGGCUCUCCAUUAAGAACGGCAAAGAUAAUCCGUUUAUCGUAUCUUCUCCGGACGACGAUAACAAGGAGAACCAAGCAAACGGCAAAAUCGAUUCACCGAUAAAAUGGUCCGUACAAAAUGGCAGCGACAGUGGUACAUACGCCGAAAUAGGCACUGGAGGGAACAGCAACACAAGUGACAGGAAUGUACUGGAUCCUGCUGACAGUUCUGAGGAAGAGGUCCCUCUACCCGACGCUACGUCUCCAGGCAGGAGUAGUGAUGGUCCAGAACCCAGAGCUGAUAUUACUGCAACUCUUGAAGGAGGUUCGGGCUCCCCAGGCGGUCGGUCGGACCGCUCGAGGCAAGAAGAGGUCCCCGCGUCCCCUGGGAUGCUCACCGCUGCGCAGUUGGCGCGACGAUUGCGUAUGGAAAACGAACGUCUGCAGGCGGAGUUAACCCGGGUGCGUCGGCUGUUGGUGGCGGCAGCUGAGCGGGGCGAAGCGGGGAGCGCACUGAUGGAGCGCGCCCAGGGGGACACUCACGACGGCCCGCCGCUCGACCCGCAGGUGUUGGAGAAGGAGCUACUGCUAGCCAGAGAGGCUGUUAACUCCCUGAAAGCCGACAAGAAGCGGCUCAAAGCCGAGAGAUUUGAUUUGCUGAAUCAAAUGAAGCAACUGUACGCCACUCUAGAGGACAAAGAAAAGGAGCUAAGGGACUUCAUUAGAAAUUAUGAGCAGAUGCGGUCCAGAAGCGGCGCAUCUUCGGCGCUGGGUGCGGAGCGCGCGGAGAGAGAGCGCGAGCGAUCGGCGCUGCUGCGUCACGCACGCGACGAGGCUGAGCGUUCGCUGCAGCUCGCCGCGGCGCUCAGCGCUCGGGACACGCAGCUGCGGCACGCGCGGGAGCAGCUGUUUGAGGCACGAAGGCAGUUGCAGGCGGCAGGCUGUCUCUCCGAAGGCGAGAGUGUGGCGUCACUGGGCAUCGGUCCUCCAAUGAUCCUCGGCGGGCCGUCGGGACUGAUGGGCGACAGAGGUAGCUGUAGUGCUGACUCUGGUGUUAGAGUGACAGGUAGCAGUGACGGUGGCGCCACAUCAGUUUGCGGCGGCAACCUGUCGGAUUCCACGGCAGAGGGCGCGCCGCUCACCCUUGACCCGUACGACACUGACGCAGCGUCGCUUGUGUCUUCCGCGCACCCUAUAUAUCAGCUGAGUACGCCGCGCGACUGCAGUCCGACCCUGUCACCGCACAACAGCGCAUCGUCCUUUACACGCUCCAUCGACGCCGCUUCACUCUCCAGGUCAGUAGAGCAGUUGUCCAGCCCAGGAGAAUGCGACUCGGGUAUGGUCGGCAUGAGGUCCCGAGCUGGGGGCUCCAAAGCUGGCCGGGGCAGAGGCUCUGCCUGGGGCUCCAUCUCGAGGGUGUUCGCACGAAGUCGACACCGCACCAAAUCAGGCAGCGCGGUCAGCAGUGGACAUGAAAGUGAACCAGUGUACGCUGGCACGGGCACAAACCGAGCGUGGUCUCCCCUGGGCAGCGAAGCAGCGCUGCGCGAGGCUGCUUCUCUGCCAGUGUCCCGCUGGCGCGCGCCCGCCAUCAUCGCCUGGCUGGAGCUCGCACUCGGCAUGCCACAGUACGCUGCUGCAGUCGCUGACAACGUCAAGAGUGGCAAGAUCCGUGCUUUGAAUGGGCAGGUUCUGCUCGAGCUCACAGACACGGACCUGGAGGUGGGGCUGGGCAUCAACCAGCCGAUGCACAGGAAGAAGCUGCGGCUCGCGAUAGAGGAGAGGCGGCGACCUGAUCUCGUGAGGAACCCCAGCAUUGGGCAGCUGACUCACGCGUGGGUCGCAGCCGAGUGGCUACCUGAUUUAGGACUUUCGCAGUAUGCAGAGUCGUUCGUGACAAACCUCGUGGACGCCCGCAUGCUGGACACUAUCAGCAAGAAAGAACUGGAGAAGUAUCUCGGAGUGACGAGGAAGUUCCACCAAGCCUCCAUCGUGCAUGGUAUCCAUCUGUUAAGGAUAAUGAAGUACGAUAGACAAGCCUUAGCAGUAAGGCGACAUCAGUGCGAAAAUGUGGACGCAGAUCCAUUAGUAUGGACCAAUCAGAGAUUUAUGCGUUGGGCGCAUAACAUCGACUUAGGCGAAUUCGCUGAUAAUCUUAAAGAUAGCGGAGUACAUGGUGGUCUAGUAGUAUUGGAACCAUCGUUCACGGGUGAGACCAUGGCUACUGCUCUCGGCAUACCACCAUCCAAGAGUAUAAUACGAAGACAUUUGGUGGCCGAGUUUGAUGCUCUAAUUGUGCCAGCAAGGAAUAUGUUCGGUCAUCAGAUAAGAAUGUUGGGACGACCGUUCUCAAGAUCUGUCGCCACGGGAUUGCCUGGAAUUGAUUUUAGUGCUGACUCGAGAAGACACAGUUUAAGAGGCUCAAUAACACGUGCACUAGGAGCGUUAAAACCCAAACACGACCGCCCAUCCCCGUCUAGUUCUAGCGAGAGUUCCAGCGUCAUGAGUUUGACGCAACCCUACAUGACGUAUUCGCCACCCAUCGCCGUGCGAACCCUCUCCCAACUGAGCAUGACCUAUGCCCCACCACCCACGCUGCAGGAAUACGAACCUAUAUACACUCCGCUGAGCUUAUAUUCCCAAUCAAGUGUAUCUACACGGGACAGUAUGACACGACUCAACGAUAUCAAGGAAACAGGGAUUACUCACAGAUAUGGACAUAGAGCAGAGCAAGCCCACAGAGUGAGCUCUCCAUUGCCCAAGUCCGACGACAGCGUCGUCAAGCAGAAGAGACAUCGACGCGUGAAAAGCAUCGGUGACAUUAACGCAUCAAGCAAAACAUCUGUUUAGUAAAUUGUGGUUGUUAUUAUUAAUAACAAUUAAACAUUAAUAACAAAUAAAGAGAACAUUAGUUUAACCAUAAUCGUGGUGAAACUGUUAGAGCUGUUAAUGCAUAAACUGACAGGGAUUGCAUUGGUAAUGAGGUUGAAUAAAAGAGUAGAACUAAUGAAUGAAAACCAAUGAAUCAUAAUUAUUAUUAUUGUUAAAUGAAUUUCGUUCCUUCAAUGUGUAGUUAGAAUUCAGAGCACAUUCGCUCUUCGUGUAUGGCAUUUAUGAUUUAGCACAUUAUUUUGUCUUUAGUAUCAUAUAUAAAAUACCUAAAAACUUAUUUUUAAUACCCUAGAGAUUACCCUGUGAUGUUGUGAAAUAAAAUAAACGUUGUAGUUUUUUUUCCAGUUAUUGUAAUCUAAUAUCUAAAUAAAAUAAUUGUAAAAUAUAAGAAACGUAAUUAGUAAAAAUUCUAUGCGUGUUUGUAAAAAUACCCACAUCUCUGCAAUUUUAGAUCUACAGUUUAUUUUUUGUGUAAUGUCAUAUACCUACUUUGAACGAUAUUGUAUUUUUCGAACUUUUAAAAAAAAUUAAAUUCUUUCUUUCGAUCUUUAUAAAUGUAAUAAAUGAAUAAUUUACAAAAUAAUAUGUUCCUAUUACUAUGCUCCUAAAAUUACAUCUCAUAAUCGUUUAGCAUAUCACAAUUUCGAAAGAAGCUGCCGUACAGACUGAUAUCUAUAUCAUAAUAAUUAAGUUCUCUCUUAUGAUAUUUACAUUUAACAUGGUUUUUUGAAACAUAGGUUACGUAUCUUAUAAUAUAUUCAUAAUUUAUAAUUUUUACAACUGCUUUAAUAACUUUGUAAAGAGACUCUCCACAUUUAGCCGAUUUUAUUUAUAUUAUUAAUACCACAUUCUGAUUUUUCAAAAAAAUGGCAUAAAAAUAUUGCUAAUUCAAAUGAGGGUGAAAUAAAAAGAUUUAAGCAUAAAUAAAUUCGGAACUUCUAUAUAAAAAAGCUAAAGUUAAAAUUAUUUAAAUCUAGUUUGAGAAAGAUCACUCUAAGAUCACCUAUAAUUUAAAUGAAAUAUAAAACAUUACAGGUAAAAAUAUUUUACCUUAUUUUAUUUUAAAGCGAUCACAUUGCAUUUUAAAUAAAUGAAAUUUCAAUUAAUUUUACUUUAAGACUCUGAUAAGUAACAUCACUCAGUCAAUGAUGAUGUUGGGAAUAUUUUGAAAAGGAGAUCCACAGAAAAGCUCUGCAGACCCUAAAUUAUUAAAUUAUGUAAUAAUAUCGGUUAUAAUUAAAUAUGGAAAGACUCUACUGCUGUAUUAUUGCCGAUUACUGUGAUAAGAAAAAACUCACAAUACAAAAAUAGGCAUCAGCGGGACUAUUCUGUUUUGUAUAACUCGCAAGUGCGAGUUUCGAAUUCACCUCCAUUUCUCUCUGUCUAGAAAAAGAACGAUAAGUGAAAUCGUAACUCGAACUCGAAUUCGAACUCGAACUCGAACUCUAAUUGCGCGUCUACACAAAAUAUCGUCACAGAAUAAUCCUCCAGGUUUACAAAUAUAAAAAUAUUAUUAGUCAAUUUGUAUUUAUUAUAUAAUAUUUUUUAUGUAUUAUCGCAAUCGAGCUUAACUUCCUACUAUAUUUAAUGAAUUGUUGUUUUUAUUUAGUUGGUUUUGUUAUUAAUAUUAUUUCAAAUGUUUUAUUUCCGAUGUUUUGUGAUUUCUUUUUACAUUGUGAUAUUUGGGUUACCAAUAUUUAAAUAUGAAUGUCUUAAAUAA